AUGGCUUCUGGAAGGCUAAUUAAGCUUGUGGUUUUUGAGCUUCUUGAACUUGCUGCUUUUUCCAUUCCCACACUUGUAAUUGUGGAGCAGUUUGCCACUGCCUAUCAAAGAACAAGGAAUAUAUCUGAGAAGACACAUUACUGGCUUAUUGUUUCCUGCUCUAUUGCCUACGUAGCUUCUGUGACUCUAUUGAUUUGGGUUCCUGUGAAAGUUAUAUUGUACAAGAAACAUCAUCUUCGCAAAAAAAUUAAAGGAUGGAGACCUGUUAUGAUGAUGUGUGUAGUACUCACCACACUUCCCAGCUUCAGCUUUUCUAUAGCAGUGACUGAGGUUCAAAAGACCUUUAAUGGUACCACUGGUAUAUUACCUGAUACCUUACCGGACCUGCCAGUAUCUCUGGUUCUGACGUCCUUAAUCGUGGUUGAUAUUAUUGAAAAACUCAGGAUAUAUCCUCUCAGAGGGACUCAAAAAAGUAGUGAAGACAGGCAUAUUCAUACGACCACUUUGCAACAAAUAACAACUGUGACUGAACAAGCAAGGCAAAGAGAAGAAAACCAUGUGACUCCCCAGGCAGCCAGGAGAACCAACAUGUCCGGAUUGGGGGAAAGCGCAACUCAGAGCCUGUCUCCUGUGUUAGUAGAACUUGAGGAACCAUCCUUCCACUCGGGGAUUCUGAGGAUAAUGUCCCAACAGGAUGUUCGAGCGGAGAUCUUCCUGUGGAGUUUUCUCUUGUGGUCGGACACUAUUGAAAUGGUGCGUGUGGCUGGCCACUCUGCUGUGUACAAGUCUGGUUGGCUAUACCCAGUCUACAUAUUUAGCUUUAUUUCUUUACUUAGAAUUAUAUUCACACCCAGAAACCCUCUUUUGAAUUCCCUGGGCAUUUUGCUUCAGGAUUUACCCUUUAUUUUUGUUAGGCUUAGUUUAAUCAUUGUCCUGGGGACUAUCACACCAGUACUGGGUCUUUGUAAAAAUGUGUUAGUCACUUUCUCUUAUGUUUACUUUAAUUAUUUAACCAAAUUCAGAGUUUUUUCUACCUUUGAAACGUCUCCAUUCUAA